CGGGUGCGCCGAUGGGGCCGGAGGCGGUGGCGUGAUCCCCGCCCCGCCGCGCCGGGCAGAGCCGCCGCCGCACCGCGGCUCCGCGGGGGCCGCCGAGCAUCUCCGAGCUCCCGUCGGGGCUCCGGGCGGGAAUGUCCCCGCUGGCGCUGGUGGCGCUGGUGGCGCUGGUGGCGCUGGAGGCUGCGGAGAAGCCGGGGGCGGCCGAGGAGGAGGCAGCGCGCGUCGGGGCCGCUCCAUCGGCACCCGCCGCCUCGCACCGCGCCGCCAAGGCGUCGUGGCGGCUGCCCGGGCGCUAUGUGGUGAUGCUGCGGAGGGGCAGUGGUGUGGCCGAGGUGCGAGGCGCAGCGCAGCGGCUUCGGGCGCGGGCGGCUCGGCGGGGGCACGUCACCGAGCUGCUGCACGUCUUCCACCUCCUGCCUGCUUUCCUGGUGAAGAUGAGCGAUGACGUCCUGGACACAGCGCUGAGGCUGCCACAUGUGGAGUACGUUGAGGAGGAUGCCUAUGUCUUUGCCCAGAGCAUCCCCUGGAACCUGGGCAGGAUUGUGCCGCUGCAGCCCAGCUCGGGAGCCUACAGCCCUCCCAAUAAAGGAGACCUGGUGGAGAUUUACCUGCUGGACACCAGUGUGCAGAGCACACAUCGAGAGAUCAAAGGCAGGGUGCUUGUGACCGACUUUGAGAGCAUUCCUGAAGAGGAUGGCACCCGCUUCCACAAGCAGGUCAGCAAAUGUGACAGCCAUGGGACUCACGUGGCCGGGGUGCUGAGCGGGCAGGAUGCCGGCGUGGCCACGGGUGCCAACAUCCGCAGCCUCCGCGUGCUGAACUGCCAGGGGAAGGGCACCGUCAGCGGGACCCUCAUGGGCCUGGAGUUCAUCAAGGCGACACUGAAGGCUCAGCUCUCUGCACCGCCGGUGGUGUUGCUGCCCUUCACUGGCGCCUACAGCCGUGUGCUGAACGCUGGCUGUCGGCAGAUGGCGCAGAUGGGGGUGGUGAUGGUCACGGCUGCUGGUAACUACAAGGACGAUGCCUGCCUGUACUCGCCAGCAUCUGAGCCGGAGGUCAUCACAGUCGGUGCCACCAACAGUGAGGACCAACCUGCCUCCAUCGGCACCCUGGGCACCAACUUUGGCCGCUGUGUGGACCUGUUCGCCCCAGGCGAUGACAUCAUUGGUGCCUCCAGUGACUGCAGCACAUGCUUCGUGGCGCAGAGCGGGACAUCGCAGGCAGCUGCGCAUGUGGCAGGCAUUAUCGCCAUGCUGCUCAGCGCCGAGCCCCAGCUCAGCCUCACCGAGCUCCGGCAGCGCCUCCUGCACUUUGCCACCAAGAGUGUCAUGGACCUGGCGUGGUUCCCCGAGGAGCAGCAGCUGCAGACGCCCAACAGUGUGGCUGGGCUGCCCGCCCGGCUGGGUGCAGAUGAGCAGCUGUACUGCCGCUCGGUUUGGUCGGCGCGCUCAGGGCUCACCCAGCAUGCCACGGCCGUGGCUCGCUGUGCUGGUGCCGAAGAGAUGCUUGGCUGCUCCAGCUUCUCCCACAGCGGCAGGCGGCUGGGAGAACACAUGGAGGACAAGGAUGGGCAGAAGCAGUGCGUGGCCCACAACGCUUUCCAGGGCCAAGGUGUCUACGCCAUUGCCAGAUGCUGCACGUGGCCCAGGGCCAAGUGUCAGAUCAACGCCAGCUCUGGAGCGGCCGAGGGGGCCGGGUGUACGCUGCAGGACCAUGUGCUGACUGGGUGCAGUUUCCAUUCCCUCGCUGCAGUGCUGGGUGACAGUGGCAGACCAGUCCCAGGGCCAGGGAGUGGGCCCAGCCACUGCGCCAGCAGGACAGAGGUGAUGGCGCACGCCUUGUGCUGCCCCAGUGCCAGCCUCGAGUGCCGGGUGAAGGAGCACGUGUCCCCUGGCUCCAUAGAAAAGGUGACGGUGUCAUGUGAUGACGGCUGGACGCUGACGGGCUGUAAUGCCCAUUCCCAGACCCCUGGCACCAUGGGAGCCUACGCUGUGGAUGAUACCUGCUUGGCAGCCAGCAUCCCGGGCAGCAGUGUGGCCACGGCCAUCGCCAUUUGCUGCCGGAGCCGGCAGUAGAGCUGGGCUGAGCUGGAGACGCAGCUGCCCUGGCCCGGCAUAGCAGGGGGUGCCUUGCUGGACUGCUGCGUCGCCAACUUGGUACCUUCCUGGGGUUGAGUUGCUGCUCCCAGCAGAGUCCACGCUCUCAGCUGUGGCUGAUGAUGACUUCCACGCUUGGGCUGCUGCGAUGGUGGGGUACAAGCGUACCGCUGCCUCGCACCCAGGGGAGCUGAGACCCCAGGCAGCUCUUCAAGAGCUCCCAAAGCAGCCCCCAUGCAGCCAGAGCCCUGCCCCACCACUGGAGUCAUCCCAGUACCCUUUCCCCACUGUGCGCCGGGUCUCUCUAACUGUACAAGCUGUCUCAAAACUGUUUGCUCGUGUUAUCACCCAGCAUGACAAACCCACUACCUUUUUAAAAAGAAAUAUUGUGGUGAGGAUUGUUGCUUUCUUUCCCAGUGAGUUGCUCAUUAGAUGUCAGCUAAUGCCUCUUAGCACUGCAAAAAGCAUAGUUUAUCCAUUUUUGAGGAGUUUUAUAAUUGCCUACUCGUGUACCUAGGAGACUUCUUUACGUUUUAGUCAAGUGUAGGGGAGCUAGUUUAAACAGUCUGCUUGUUUAAUUAGAUUUAAUCUGCAUUGCUACAGAGUCAGCUACUGCUUUGUUAGUGUUUUUUUUUUUUCUUGUUAAGUCAAAGUUAAUGAUCUGCUGGUGUUUUAACAGUUUCCCUUUCAGGGUUUUCCAAAACACAUAGAAUUGGCCAUAAUUCCUUUUUAGAAAAAAAGACGAAAAAUCUUUCAUAGUACCUUGGUUUUUACAUUUGUACCUUAAAUAUUUAUUUGGAAUUUUAUAAAUAAACAUUUUAUAAAUGUCUUUUUAAAAUUAAACUCACAGACCAGUGUUCAGAUAUGAUCCAUCGUCUGGCUUCACAUACAACCCUGGGGGUACCUAGUCUGAAAGAGGGAGCUCGCAUUCUUGUAACAGGGAUGCUGCUCCCUGAAAUACGCUCUGCUUCAUUAGUAAGACAGCCACAGGCCACCUCCUUGGGCUCUGAUCCCUGCCUUGGGUACAAGGAGUCCCUGGAUGACCGGUGGCAUCCUCAGAGGUGAGCGCAGACAGCACGAGUACCCAGCCCUUGCCGGAGCUCUGGGACUGGCAGAGACCAGGGGCUGAGUCCUGUUGUCCCAUGCACACACAAGAACAGAAGUGGUUUGUUUUUAAAACAGUGGUGCAGGACAAAGAGCUUCCAGUUAUGGAAACAAACUACCACCUGGCUUUGGGGAAAGUGCCCUUGUGCUUCUUGCUGCUAGCAACACUGAGCUUCACUCAAUAAACACUGAAGCCCAGAAAGAAGAUAAAGCAUAGAGGCUCAGAGAGAUGCACAGCAACAGAAAAAGGCCAAGAAGUACCAGCAGCUGCCAAAGCUGGGUCUCUUUUUUUGGGGUGAUUAGCAGUCUCCUGGUACCACAAUACAUAAUUUGUAUUGUGUUACCCGAGGACAGAUGAAGAAAUACAGAUUGAUACCACAAGCACCAGCUUAACCUUCCAGACUUGUGCUUUGCUAGGUUGGAUGUUUAGCCCCAUCAAAAAGGGACUUACAGGUCUGUUACUCCAGCUUUAGUUGGCAAGAGAAGACAGAGACCCAGCAGGAAGCACUACUUUAAAAGGUUUAAACUAUUUCUAACUCGUUAACUAAAGAUGGCAAAAGCCCAACCUUAAUCUAAACAUGUAAUUAUGUAACGGGUAUAAUUACAGCCCGUAAUUCCAUCAGCUAGAAUCUGAAUUUUGCAUGAAGCAGGCAAGAGAAAAAGGGAUGUUAGCCUAAGAGCUCCUGCACAGCCUUGACGCAGCUGGCAAUUUUUCAGCAGACUUACUAGGCUGCAACCUCUCGAAACAACCAUCAGAUAUUUCCCCUCUGCUGACUUCUCUGCGAGAGGGGAAGAUCCCGCUGCCUGCUCCCCCGCUGGCUCCCAGCAGAAGGCAUGAGCACAUUCCAUGCACAUUAAGCCAGAUACAGCUUUCUUGGCUUAGGUCAAGCAUACAUAAGCCUGGUGGAGGGAAACAAUAUUAGAUUAGCCCGCUUGGUAUCUUAUAUGUGGCAGAAAAGACUCUCUCAUUCAGGAGAAAGCCGGAUUGGUCACAGGUACGCUGUAGACUGUAUUGUCAGCACACCUUUUGCAAUAUCCAUGCUCCCAGGACUGGCGCGCCAGUGGAAAUAGCAAGGUGGAACAUGCCUGAGAUAUAUGUCAAUGCCCUUAGAGUGGAGGACAAAGGCACCUGUCAAGAAGGCAGAGCUGGGACAGCAGCCCUGGCUGUAGCUCCUAGUUCUGCCUACGAAGGCAGCUGCCAGGUGAGCAGGGGAAGAACCAGCACUGUGGCACUGCUGCCUGCCCGGCUUCCUGCACCUCGCACCAACAGAAAAGGCAGUAUUAAUUCCAGAUCUCCUGCAAAUCUUGCUAUCUGACACACAAAAGCCGAUCUAAUCCAUGACUGCAAGUGUAUCCAGUAAGUUGUUCUGCUAAGAAGGUCAGGAGAAGAAACUGUAUGCACAAAGACACAAAUCUGACAGUGCACCAGAACAUGCCACGGCACAAGGAUACAGAGCAGCGCAGCUCCGGGGGCCGUUCAGCUGUUCUGAUUCACUCUGGACAAGAGCCAAAAUGGCAGUCAGGGCAACAUCUCCGAGCUUACCAUCUGCAGGACUGGCCUAAGAGGUUUCAAGAUAAGAGGAUGAGCAAGACAACAGCGUAGCAGUGUAUGCACAUUCUAAGGAUUACACUAGUUUUUUGUGAAAGGAGUAACUUUAUUCCAUUGACCAGGAAUCCCAAGACUGUUCAUCAAGACUGCUUAUUUUUCCAGUGCCAAAUGUCUAUGUACUAAUCGGACAGCAUCUCCCCGAAUGCUCACAGGCAGGCUGUGCGUGCUCCUCACUGAACAUUUUGUAAGCUGUAUAAAAACAUUUUCAUCCAAAAAGAUUGGCAGUAAAAAUUACAACAUAGAAAUGCAUCACAAUUUACACAAAAACUAGUUUUGUUGAACUCUAUUUUCCAAAAAAUAAUCUUCAGCAGGUUCAAAUGACAGCAGCUGGAAACAAAAAUAAUUGACCAAGUAUCAUCUUAUUGCAAAUUAUACCCAUUGACUUUGUACAAGCGUGAGCAGAACCGUGAAAAAGUUUGUAUUGGUUUCAAGUAUACAGUGGUGAUGAGCCAUCCUGAUGCAAUUCUCUCUUCAAUGCUUCUGUAAUCGAGGACGUUGUUUCCAUAGGAAAUAACAGGAACCUGAAGUGACAAGUGGUGCCAACCCAUAGGAACAUUACCAGCUUCUUCAUCACCGCUGUGUACUGACUUCUCGUGAUGAUUUACGACCCACUAACAAAGUAUUAGGGAUGGGGGAAGGAAGAAAGGGUAUCUGUAAGAAAUGGUUUAUUCAAAAUUAAUUUAAAACAUCACAUUUAAAAUGUCCCAGCACAUUAUCAGAAACAUUUAUAAAAUGCUAACUCUGCCAUGUGUCUAUGAAGACAUUGUUUGGAAAAGAAAGUGAGAAAUUCACUACAAUGCCACCCUUACUUCUUUGCACACGCAAUUUAUGACAACGGCUCUCUUAACCUGCAAUAAGUUAUAAAGCUGCACAGCUGAAAUCAGAUCAGAUGUUUGCUUCCAACAGUGAAAUGACUGGUUAAUUUCAAUAUUAGUGCACAAGAGUGAAAAGCUGUCUGCUGCUUCUUGUUUCGGCAACAGUAUGUGAAAAGAAAAAAAUAAAAAAGGCACUUUUUGGCUGGUUGUGCCUUUAACUUGGCAAAUUUAUCUAUUCUGGAGGUACCCAGGCACUCCUUAAGAUGUCCCCCAUUUCUGUGCAUGUUUGUUUAUAUAAUCUUUUUCUAGAGUAAGGCAGAAUCCAUAAAUAAAGGCAAAAAGCAGUGCAGAAAAUGUGACAAACACAAAAUGUACAAAAGAUGAAGAGUUAGUUGGCACAAAAGAAGCUAAGUAUCCAGAGCCAGAAAUCACUAAACUGCAUUUGACAUGGAAAACAAAACUGUGCUCAAAUGAUCCCAACUGGUUUCCAGUUGUGUAUGAGCAAAUCAAAAGAGCUGUGAUAUUUUAAAUGUUGCCUGGUCAAGUGAAAAUACAAAGCCAAAUCAUUCUUUCCCCGUGUUAAAAUUGCUAUAAAAUCUGCACAACAGUGUCCCCAACUCAUUCAAGGAAUUAUUCAUCAUAUACAACCAAUACCAACUUUCUCAGUAAUUUCAAAGCAUAAGCAAGUGAUUGCAGAUCACAUGAUUGAGACUACAUUUUAUUCAAUAUGUCUCCAAAGGUUAAAAAAAAUUUAAU